AAUACAGACUGCUCGGUGUUGGAAAGAGUCGGUCGCUGUGGUCCGUUGUUAGUGCUGGAGAUCAGCAGCAGUGUGUGUGGAGACCGCGCUCGAUCAAACUCCUGCUCUCGAUAGAUCGGGAUAGGAACGAGAGAGUCCUGCUCCAGAAGUCUUGCACAUAUAAACGACUGAUUCAUAUACGAGCUUGAGAAUUAGAUGCUUGGCCAGUGUUUAUGUCUCUGGCUAGGUUGCUAACUGGCUGAUCUCUAAAUGGAAAGAGCAUCUGAGUUUGUCUGAUGUGAGUAUGUGAGCCGCUGAGCGUCUGGGAUACAAUGUUUCUCAUGUUUCUUUUUUCGGAGCGUCUGACGCGCUACAGAGUAACAGCAGCGCGAACGCUCCAGCCUGAACAAUGAUUUAGAGUAACCGAUCCAGAGACUCCUGCAAGACUGACUGAAGAAACUCUCAGGCCAGCUUUUAUGUGCAUCGCCACUGUGCACUCCAGAGCAAUGCCUAUGAGAAUGUCUUAGCCCGACGAGCACUUGCAAGGGGGGACUCUGCUAGUUUUUUACCCUUGUGGAAACUCCAGGCGAUGAGUCGGCACUAGUGAUGGAGAUCCAUUGAGUCCUGUCCCUGACACUACUCGUUGCCCUUUCCCCCUUUACCCUUUACCCCUGCCCUGCCUGGCUAGUGCACGAACAUGCUGCGCUUCCUCCCACUCAAGCUUGGCCGUUUGUACCGGUGUCUGAAGCUUCUUUUUGUCAUUGGGCUGUUUGUCAUCUUGCUGAUGAACACGCACAACCUCUUCGCCUCUUUCCAAAAGAACGAACUCACCGACCGAAGGUUCAUCAACCUCAACAAGUGCCCAGCCUGCUUUGGCACCAGUUGGUGUCGCAAGUUCAUGAAUGGACAAAUAUCCUUCGAGACAUGGGGUCGCCUUCGCUUCCUGGAUGUCUUCAAUGUGAAAAACGUUUUCUUCGCCCAGUACGGGGAGCCUCGUGAGGGUACACGGAGGAUUGUACUCAAGCGUUUGGGUUCCAACCAAGAGCUUACUGAUAUUGACCAGAAGAUUUGCAAGCGGGCAACGGGUCGACCUCGUUGCGAUCUUAUCCAGGCCAUGUACAAGACUGAGUUUGCCCGACUUAAUGGGGACGUCAGACUCCUAACCCCGGACGUCGUGGAAGGCUGGUCAGACCUAGUUCAUUGUCCGUCCCAAAGACUGCUGGACAGAAUAGUCAGGAGGUAUGCUGAGACAAAGGACUCUGGAAGCUUUCUCCUCAAGAACCUUAAGGACACAGAAAGGAUGCAGCUGCUGAUGACCUUGGCUUUCAACCCAGAGCCCUUAGUGCUUCAGAGUUUCCCGUCCGACGAAGGCUGGCCAUUUGCGAAGUACCUGGGUGCUUGCGGGCGAAUGGUGGCGGUGAACUACGUGGGCGAGGAGCUGUGGAGUUUCUUCAAUGCUCCCUGGGAAAAGAGAGUAGACCUGGCCAAGCAAUUAAUGGACAUCGCGGAGCAGCUUACUAACAAUGACUUCGACUUUGCUCUCUAUCUGCUGGACGUCAGCUUCGAUAACUUCGCCGUGGGCCCGCGGGACGGGAAGGUCAUUGUGGUGGAUGCGGAGAAUGUUGUGGUGGCCGACAAGAGGUUGAUCAAACAGAAUAAGCCAGAGAACUACGACAUCUGGUACGAGAGCAAGUUUGAGGAGUGCGACAAGGAGGCCUGUCUCUCCUUCUCUAAAGACAUGUUAUGCUCACGGGUCACAGUGGACCACAACUAUUACGCCAUCUGUCAGAAUCUGCUUUCACGAUAUGCUAUGUGGCGGGGCAGCUCCGGCGGACUUCUUCACGACCCCCCGCCACACAUAGCCAAAGACGGCCAGCUUGAAGCCCUGUUGGACGAAUGCGCCAACCCUAAAAAGCGGUACGGCCGCUUCCAGGCAGCUAAAGAACUGCGCGAGUACUUAACCCAGCUAAGUGGUACCGCUAGGUAAUGACCGCCCACAUACGCUCAACGUUCACCCAUCAACGUCCGACGACAUCUUCAGGGUUUGGGGAUCCCCGUUAGAAGGUCUGACAACGUUUUGUGACUUUAUCUCAGACCAAUCGUCCUUCACUACAAUCCGUUAUGUGUACAUUUUGUUUCGCUUGCGUUGAUUUUUAAAUUAUUGAAAUGUCUUGAGUUCAUUGCUUUUAUUAAAUGAUUUGUUUUGCGAUAAAGGCAGUGGUUGCGUCACCAUUGUCAGCGUCCUCUGGUUUUCCGCUGGAGGUUUACCUGCAAAAUUGCGACGCUACGAAAGGCAGCUGGGAGUGGUAGUACACAAGCAUUAAAGGGAUAGUUUACAGAAAAAAUAAUUACUCACCCUUAUGUUGUUCCAAACCAGUAAGACCUUUGACCUUCAGAACACAAAUUAAGAUAUUUUGACCCUGCAUGAACAGCAACGCAUUACCACAUUCAAGCACUCAAACAAAAUAAUGACUAUUCCGUGUCAGUCUUUGGUUGCACCACCGAUGUCAUGGACUAUUUUAACAAUGUCCUUACUACCUUUCUGGGCCUUGAAUGUGGUAGUUGCUGUCUAUGCAGGGUCGGAAAGCUUUCGAACUUCAUCAAAAAUGUCUUUAUUUGUGCUCUGAAAAUGAGCAAAGGUCUCACGGGUUUGGGUGAGUAAUUAAUGACAGAAUUUUCAUUUUUUGGGAAACUAUCCCUUUAACUCUGUCCAAAACUUUUCAGCGAACGUCUUGUGCUUAAUUGAUUCACUUACAUUCCAGGAAGAAUGAGUUUGGCGUAAAGCAUAAUUUUGAGAUGGUAGAGAGGAUGUGGAAGUCUGUACAUAAUUAGAGCAGAUUGGAGAGGGGAAAUGAGUUGGAAUUGCUUUGCAUAUACCAAAGAGUCUGGUUCUGUGUAACUCAAACCUCUGAAUGAAAAGGGCAGAGCCUAAAAACGAGCAUAGUCAAACCACCCCGGAGCAGAUUCAUGAAUGUGGUUAGACUUGUUACGAAGAUUUGUGUUUGUAUUAAUCAAGCAAAGUCCAGAGAGACGGCCACAAUGAAUCCAAAUUACGUAGCGCUAUUAAAUCAGAGCGGGGUCCAGGUCUCUAAUUGGCCGUUAACUAUAAAUAAUGUACCGGCACAUGGCAUGAUGCGGCACUAUCAAGCUCCUCGACGUGCAAACGUGCAUCCGCACAGGUUGAAAUGGAACUUUCUAUCUUUAAAAUCCAUCUUAACAUUUCAAUUUCACAGCUCUGCAAUUGAAUUAAUCAAAAUUUAAUUAAACGUCUCUAACACUUAAGAUCAUUUAACUUUGAGCCAUCAGCCUGCUGUUCCCCCCCCCCCCUCCCCUUCCCUGGUUUGAUUUUGCACUUGGUGGACCAAUGAAUUAGAUCAGUAUGCUAAUGAGUAUGCGUUAGAUAAUGAAGUACGCUAGCGCUUGACUGACAGCAUCACUCCAUUGAGCCUGGAUUUUGAAAGCUAGCUAAUCACUUUUCUACUUGAUGUUUCUGCCAGUGCAAAUGAAUGAAAUGAAUUAAGAUUUUAAUCUUUUUAUUUCCAUGUUUGGGUUCUGGCCAGUCAAAGUCAAAGCAAUAAGUGUCCAUCAGCCAUUAUCCGUGAAGAUCCCUCUGCUCUU